UUUGUUGCUUCUGUCACAACAUUCGAUGAUGUGUCGUUUUCUUCAGUAAAAGUUGGAACCAGUUUUAGAAUAAUGCAUUAAAAUCGUGUUAAAAUGGAUAUUACAUCGUUAUUUAAAGCGUCAGUAAAAACCGUGCGUCUAAAAUCAUCGGCCAAUACGUUCCCAGUGUUGGAAAAGUCACGAAUAUUAUCAAAAAAGCCAAACAAUGAAUUUUCGGAGAAGGCCAAGAAAAUUCGCUUCCAAAUUACCCAGCUUAAAAAUUUGCUAGUGGAAAAUCGGGCUGCCUAUAUGCAGUUUGCCUACCACUUGAAGAGUUCCGCCCAAAUGACCGACGAGGAGCGGGACGUGAUCGAUCGGGAGUCGGAAAAUAUCAUCCGGAUUUGCACAAACAUGUUGAACGACUUUAAGACGGAAUGUCGCACGGCAAAACGCAGCAAGCAGAUGACGGAAUUUAUGGACCUGGUCAUCGAUGCCCUGUCCGCGUACAUGAGUGCCGUGCACCACAUUGCCAACGAGCAGAAACAGUUCCGGAUCCAGCGCGAGCUGGAGACUUAUAAAUUCCUUAAACUGGACGCCGACAACCGGUCCCGGUCGAGUGCGCUGUCCAAGUUGUCGUCCCCGCUGGACAUCAGAAAUGGACAAGACAAACAUAGGAAAGAGAACGGUGGGAGGCGGACACCUGCGCAAACGGAUGACGAUACGGACGAGUUUUCCGAGUACUUGGAGGGGUCGCGAGCGAAGGUGAUCUCGCAGGACGAAGAACUGGCCAACAGCAGUUCGUUCCUAGAGGACGAGGAGGAGCUUAGCCCGGAAGAUAUUCAGAUAUUCGAGUCGGAGAAUGUCCAGCUGUACAACGAGCUAAAGGGCCUGUCGGAAGAGGUUGAGCAAAUCGAGAAAAAUGUGGUCGAUAUCGCCCAUCUUCAGGAGAUUUUCACCGAAAAGAUUUCGCUGCAAAAGACUGACAUUGACCGGAUCGCCAACAUCGUCGUGGGGACAACCGAAAACGUCAAGGACGCAAACGAGCAAAUCAAGCAGGCAAUCCAACGGAAUGCCGGUCUUCGGGUGUGGGUUCUGUUCUUUCUAAUUGUGAUGUCGCUUACGCUGUUGUUCCUGGACUGGUACAACGACUAGUGCAAUGAAGUAGGGAUUGUUGGACGUGUGUUUAAAAAAAAGGUAUGUUUGCAUAACGUUAGACAUUUUG